AUGACAGUAACAUGGCAUAAAUUCAAAUUGCGAACCUUUUUCUCUCUCGUUCGAGAUUCACUCUCUCUCUCUCACUCAACCAUCGUUUUCUCUCGUCUUCAAUCCCCAACACCACCCUCUCUGUCGCCAUCAACCCACCCACCGGCGACACCCCUCCCUUCUUCUUCUUCUCCUCCCUCUUCUCUUCUUGUCACUUCACCGUUCACCUUCUCCAUUCUUGAAACCGCUGCACCGCACCACAGAUCCACCACCACCAUUGCCCAGCUUCGUCUUUCUCCCUCCUCUCGUGUCGCCGUGCCUCCCUCCACCUCUCCUCUGUCUCUGUUGGUGGUUGUUGCUGCUCAUCCUUCGUCGUCCGUUCCUCUUGGUUGUGCUGCCUGCAUGCUGUCUGAUUUUGUUGAUUAUGAAUAUGCUAAGAUUUUGUUGAUUGUUGAAUUGCUGGUUUUGCUCUUUUCAUACAUGACGACAGGUAGAGUUUUGGCAGAUCAGGCUGCUGGUCAUGGUUGUCGUCGUGAUCGGGGAAGAGGGAGGGUUUUUUCUGGUACCCCUGGAAAUUUUGGAUCCUCACCCUCUACUCCAACUACCCCGGUGACGUCACAGGUUGUGGGUUUAGUGGACCAGCCAUUCAUCAUGAUCGCUAACCCCAACUACGUCCCUCCAUUUACAGUGACAACGCCGCCUCCAAUGACUUAUCAGCCUGCUGCCAUAGUAAUGUCGCCUCCAGCGACGAAAGCUGCGGCCCCAGAGUCCUCUCACAGAAGUGAGGUAGCUGAUACGCCUCCACCACUUCCCAUUGUACGGUUGACGAUUUGGCUUGAUGGUGGUUCAGGAUAA